UCUUGUCUGCUUUUCUUUUUACCUCGUACAGCGACGUGACGUCCCUUCCUCUAAUGGAGUCGUGCUAGUAGGACGUUUAAAUCCCACUGCUGUCAUUGACCUCGGCCAAUACCGUUUUCCUUUUCAACACUUGACCACAUUUCCAAGGCACAAGGCAAGAUGCCAGUGGCAGUAGGACCGUACGGCCAGGGCCAGGGACAGCCCAGCUGUUUUGACCGGGUCAAGAUGGGCUUUAUGAUGGGGUUCGCCGUCGGAAUGGCAGCCGGAGCCAUGUUCGGAACAUUCUCCUGUCUCAGGGUCGGGAUGCGCGGGCGUGAGCUGAUGGGUGGCGUGGGGAAGACCAUGAUGCAAAGCGGGGGAACCUUUGGAACCUUCAUGUCUAUAGGCAUGGGCAUCCGCUGCUGAGCCACACACACACACCCCCGCAAGGCCCGCUGUUCAGCCACCCCCCAACUGUCAAUAAAGUUAAGGAUGUCAAACAUC